AUGGCUGAAAAUAAACUAUUAACAUGGUUGAGGAAGCUCCCAAAAUUGAUCAAUCCUCGCCAGGAUAUGGAGCAAAUGUCAUUCAAAGGUUGUGGUAUUGCAGUCGGCAAGCAGACGGCUCAGCGAAGGAUAGUGGGUGGAGAUGACGCAGGUUUUGGCACGUUCCCCUGGCAAGCGUACAUUCGAAUCGGAUCCUCCAGAUGCAACAUGCUCAUGUCGAUUUUCGAGCUUAUUGGUUGGAAGCAGUGUUGGAUAGAGAGGUGUGGCGGUUCAUUGAUCUCCCGGCGCCAUGUUGUGACGGCCGGCCAUUGCGUGGCGCGCGCCCAGCCGCGUCACGUGCGCGUGACCCUCGGCGAUUACGUCAUCAACUCGGCCGCCGAGCCCCUGCCCGCUUACACGUUCGGCGUACGGACCAUAAAAGUCCACCCGCUGUUCAAAUUCACCCCGCAGGCGGACCGAUUCGACGUGGCGGUGCUCACGCUGGAUCGCAACGUGCAUUAUAUGCCGCAUAUAGCGCCAAUCUGCUUACCGGAGCGAGGGUCGGACUUCUUGGGACAGUACGGCUGGGCGGCUGGCUGGGGAGCCUUGAGCCCAGGCUCAAGGUUAAGACCGCGAACGCUGCAGGCCGUCGAUGUGCCCGUUCUGGAUAACAGGGUGUGCGAGAGGUGGCAUCGGGCUAAUGGCAUCAACGUGGUCAUAUACCCAGAGAUGCUUUGCGCUGGUUACCGGGGCGGGGGGAAAGACAGUUGUCAGGGUGACAGCGGGGGUCCAUUAAUGUUGGAGAGAGCUGGCAGGUGGUACCUCAUCGGUGUCGUCUCCGCCGGCUACUCCUGCGCCAGCCGAGGCCAGCCUGGCAUCUACCAUCGUGUGGCGCACACCGUCGACUGGAUAUCACACGCUACGACACUUUCA